CCGCGGAGGGCUCGGGCGUGCGGGCAGGCCGGGCGGGAAGCGACUGCCGGGCUCAUGGCCGCCUCCGGCAAACUCGGUGCUUUCCGGCUGCCGCCGCUGCCCACCAUCCGGGAAAUCAUUAAGCUGUUCCGACUGCGAGCCGUGAAGCAGCUGUCCCAGAACUUCCUGCUGGACUUGCGGCUGACAGGUGCGCGGCUCGGCGCUGCCCGGGGCCGGGAUAAAAUCGUGAGGAAAGCUGGCAGCCUGACAGGUGCCUAUGUGUACGAAGUGGGCCCUGGGCCUGGGGGCAUCACAAGAUCCAUCCUCAACGCCAACGUGGCCCAGCUGCUGGUGGUCGAGAAGGACACUCGGUUUAUUCCUGGGCUGCAGAUGCUUUCUGACGCAGCCCCUGGGAAGCUCAGGAUUGUCCAUGGUGAUGUGCUGACGUAUAAGGUGGAGAAGGCCUUUCCAGAAAGCCUUAGAAGACACUGGCAGGAUGAUCCUCCCAAUGUACAUAUUAUUGGAAAUCUGCCAUUUAGUGUUUCAACUCCGCUGAUUAUCAAGUGGCUGGAACAUGUUUCCUGUAGAGAUGGACCUUUUGUGUAUGGCAGAACCCCGAUGACCUUGACAUUUCAGAAAGAAGUGGCUGAGAGACUCACGGCCACCACCGGAAGCAAACAGCGCAGUCGCCUUUCCAUCAUGGCCCAGUACCUCUGCGACGUGGAGCAUGUCUUCACCAUUCCAGGUCGAGCAUUUGUCCCCAAACCAGAGGUGGACGUGGGCGUGGUGCGCUUCAUCCCCUUGGUACAGCCCAAGAUCGAGCAGCCCUUCCAGCUGGUGGAGAAGCUCGUGCAGCACGUGUUCCAGUUCCGGAGGAAGUACUGCCAUCACGGGCUCAGGAUGCUGUUCCCCGAAGCGCAGCGCUUGGAAAGCACCGGGAGGCUGCUGCGCCUGGCGGACGUCGACCCGACCCUGCGGCCCCGCCAGCUCUCCAUCGCGCACUUCCGCAGCCUCUGUGAGGUCUACAGGCGCAUGUGUGACAGCGACCCGCAGCUCUUCGCCUACAGUUUCCGGGAAGAACUUAAGCAGAAUAAACAGAAACGGCAGCGAGACGGCGACGACAGUGAGAACGGUGUCCCCUGA